AUGAGAAGAUCUCUUAAGGUCAUUAUAUGGGCCCAUAUCACAAUAGCAGCAUUCUUGCUCUAUUGCAGUUUGGACCUCCUUUUACUACCCUUAGAUGACCUUACAAAAGAUGCCCUUUUGGAUUCGGAACUUAAUUCAGCAGACGACAAGAUCGAAAAGCCUGCUAUCAUCCCCAAAAUAAUACAUCAGACCUAUAAAACAGAGGAUGUUCCCGAAAUUUGGAGGGCUGGUCAACAAAGAUGCAAAGAUUUACAUCCAGAAUAUGAGUAUAUCCUAUGGACGGACGAUAUGGCUAGAAAAUUGAUAGAAGAAGAAUAUGAUUGGUUCCUUGAGACUUGGGAUUCCUAUAAAUUCCCUAUAGAGAGAGCAGAUGCUAUCCGUUAUUUCGCUCUUGUUCGUUAUGGUGGUAUCUACAUCGAUCUUGAUGAUGGUUGCGAACGCAAGUUGGAUCCUCUUUUAACUGUUCCUGCAUUUGCCAGGACAACCACUCCUACUGGAGUGUCCAAUGAUGUAUUGGGUUCAGUUCCUGGUCAUCCUUUCUUUGUUAAGGUGUUAAAUAACCUUCAGAACUACAACCGUAACUGGCUUGUGCCUUACAUUACCAUCAUGUUUUCCACGGGACCCUUGUUCCUCUCUGUUAUAUUAGAACAGUAUCGGAGAAACAAUAUUCCUGAAGAGGCAAACGUGAGAAUCAUGUUGCCUGAUGACUACACAGGGAAGGAGAACUCUUUCUUUGUCAUCUCCAAGGGAUCAUCUUGGCAUCUGGAUGAUGCCAGAUUUAUCAAGGCUUUGGGAAGACACAUUCCAUUGGCUGUAUUCUGUGGCAUCACGACCGGAUGUUUUAUUUUCCUUAUGGAAUGGUACUUUUACCAGUGGUGCAUACGUACUAACUUCUUCAGGAGUUUGGACCACAUGUCGUCUAAGGUUGGAUGGAAAACGCUCAGAACUAGGCCAAGAAAAGACUCUAAUUUACCCGUCAACACUGUCAUAAACAAGGAGGAUGAUAUGGUCUAA